UGAUAUAAACGGUCAAAUAAAAUCUGUUCCAGAAGCACAUAUUUUGGAGUCGCAGAAUAAGGAAGUUCAAGACAUUGCAGUUCAGACAUCUUUAUUAACCUCUGAGAAACUUACUCAGACUAAUAUUAAACUUAUGUUCAAUGUGUCCGAGACACAAACAGAAUUGUCCUUACUGAAUUCAUUAAAUUGUGAAACGCAAACUGACGUGUCAUUAGAAAAUAUUAUUUCAAAUAAAAAAUCUUUGCAUGAGCGUCGUAAUUCAAUUUCAAUAUUAAAAAAUUAUAUGCACACUGGUUCUCAGUGUUGUCUCUUACCUACUACAAACGAGCCCCUUUUAGACACUAUAAAGAAAUUACCUUUAAAAGUAAAUAAUUGCGUUGAGGAAGUAAUUAAUCCUUCAACGACACUUAAUGACGCUCAAGAAAAGACUGAACCGUAUGUGACAAAAAAACACAUAACCACUGAAGGUAAAUUUGAACAAAUUUCUAAUAGAAAUAUCACAUUAGUUGAUGAAAUUAUAGAACAUGAUGAUUUGAAGUCAUGUAUUUCGUUUCCUUUAGAAGCAUCUAAAGAAGUAGAUGCGGUGUAUGAUUGGUCAAAUGCUGUAGAGGACUUCAAUAAAACAUACUUGGUAAUUAAAAAUCAUAUAUUCAAUUUUUUUCUAUUUAACUAAUACUGAACACUUUAGUUCUUAAUGUUAGA